GUAAAGUGAAUUGAAUAAAAUAUUAAUCAUUAUUAUUAGUCUAAAAAUUCAGUAUGUCCAAUGAUGGCCCUAAAAAGAAAGGGAAAGUUCCAGGAGACAAAAAAACGUCUAAAAGGAAAGCAAAGAGGAGGGAAACGUACGCUGUUUACAUCUACAAAGUUUUGAAACAAGUUCAUCCAGACACUGGCAUCUCCAGCAGGGCGAUGAGCAUCAUGAACUCGUUUGUGAAUGACGUGUUCGAGCGUAUCGCGACGGAGGCGUCACGGCUCGCGCAGUACACCAAGCGCUCGACCAUCACGAGCAGAGAGGUACAGACCGCAGUCAGACUGCUGCUGCCCGGAGAACUCGCCAAACACGCUGUGUCAGAGGGGACCAAAGCCGUCACCAAAUACACCAGUUCAAAGUGAAUACCUGUGAGCCAUCCAAGCAUUGAGGGAAAAAAUAGUCCUUGUUUGUAAUCUUUUCAACAUUAAUAAAUGCACACAGAAAAUUCAGUGCAUCAGUGCAUUAAUCAUAUGUUAUCGCAGCAAGAAAUAGUUAAAGCAUACAGCCUACUAGUAUGGCCUA